UGAAAUGCAGCAGUGCUGGAUGGAAGCAGUGGGGAAAGAGGCUCAGGGGGGCUGGGGGCAGAGAAGGGAAACAAGAGGGAGAAAUUCGAGGGGUAGAGAGAAUAUUAACCCAAAUGUACUGUCCCUGGGCAUGGCUGGACACCCCAGGACACUGAUGGACACAUCCACCGCAGCCCCCUGGGUGGUCCACUCUGGAGCAAUGAGUUUGUUGGUUCUCAGCGGUCCCCAGCCCGUUCGUCCCUCCCAGGUAAUGCAGACCCAGAGCACCCCGGGUGGAAAGGAGCCCUGCAUCUCACUGGCAUGUGGGACGACAGGGUGGAUGAUGAUCUGCCCCAGGGAGCUCGGGGGGGUCCUGUGUGGCCCGAAAAAUCUCUCUGUGCCCCCUCUGGGGGGAGGAGAGGGGCACCAUGUACUGCUUUGCACGUGGUGAUGACAGGAGUGAAUGCGCUGUCACUGGGGGCUGUCACUGGUGGCCAGCGGCCUUGGACCCCAGGCUGGGACGUCACCAGGCUGUUCCAGGGCACGGCUGCCGGCACAGGGUUGGCACGACGGGACGAGCACAUGGGGCAGCCAGGAUGGGGACCUGCACCUAUAGGUCACCUCGGGUACCCGGCGAGUGAGGUGUUCCCCUCCUGUCCCGCAUCCCGCUUCUAGCACAGCCCCUAGGGUGGGUUUUGGGGAGCACAGCGUGGGACAAGGGGUGUGGACAGCCGCAUGGGAGCUCGGAACAGCUCAGUGAGCUCGUCUUGGCUUGGAAUAGCUUGGCACAGCUCGUCUAGGCUCAGCUUCGCUCCCGCAGCUCGGAGGGAGGUGAGUUAAGAAGCGCUCGGAAAAUCAGAGUCAGCUGCAAUACUGGGGACAGCCGGGGCAGACCCACAGCCGCCGCCGGAGCUGCCGGAGACCCACCACGGCUCCCGGCGACCGGGGGGCUCAGCCCUGCCCGGGGGGCUCAGCCCUGCCCGGGGGCUGUCACUGGCUCCCCCAGCCCUGCGGGGUACAGGAGCGGGGGGCUGAGCCGGGGGGGCCGGCCCAGGCAGCGUCACCCUCCUGGCUCCACCCCCCCAAAAUUGCGGGGGGCUUCGCUGUGACCCCGGCGCUGGGAUGGCAGCGGGACAGUCGGACCGCGGCGGGACGGCGGGACGAUUCCCAGCCGAGGUGGUGGCUGGAGUGCUCCGGGGGGAUCCAGCCAGGGCGUUUGCCAGUCGCUUUGUUGCUGCUGGGGGAUUUUUUUAUUUUUUUUUUAUUUUUUUUUUUAGGAUUAUUAUUAUUUUGAAAGGGAGGGUGAGGAGAGGGGGCUGACACUGACUAUAAAGGCAGUGCUCCCUGGAGCAGCUGGGCACUUCCCCGCCACCAUGAGCACUCCCCGGGCCUGACAGCCCCAGCCUGCCCCACUGUCGCCGGCUCAAGCUGCCCUGAAGCGUGGCUGGGUGUCCGAAGCUCGGGUUGGGAUGGUGUGAGCCCGGAGCCGCUCGUCGCCCUCCCACCACCCCUCACCGGCUCUGGCAGGAGCCGAGCCUUCCAGCCGCUUGGAUGAUUUGAUUUCUUCCCUGUCCGACAUCACUCCUGCCCAGAUGCAGUGGAUAAUAUUCAUGUUGCUGUUAUUCAUCAGCUCCAUGGAAAUGCUCACGCAGAACCGGUGGAAGAAGCAAGGUACAGUUCCCUCUCCUCCAUUUGUCCCCGCAGCGAGCGCUGGCCUGCUGGAAAACUGCACGGGCUGUGUCCUGUGCUCUGAGGACAAUGGCUGCAUCACCUGCCACCACCGGCUCUUCCUGCUUAUCUGGAGGGACGGCAUCCGCCAGUACGGGAUGUGCGUCCACACUUGUCCCCCAGGCUACUUUGGUGUGCGGGGUCUGGAGGUCAACAGAUGCACAAAGUGCAGGUCGCCCAGCUGCGAGAGCUGCUUCAGCAGAGACUUCUGCAUGAAGUGCAAGGACAAGUUUUACUUGUACAAGGGCCAGUGUUUCCGGCAGUGUCCCCCCGGCACUGCGGCACAGCCCGGCACCCGCGAGUGCCAAGGUAAGCAGCACCCGCACCCCGUGCCCGCCGCCCCCGGGGACCUGCCUGGCGCCGAGGGGUCACCGAUCCUUUGUGUCCCUGUCCCUGCAGAGACGUGCGAGCCGGGGCCGUGGAGCGAGUGGAGCGCCUGUACCCACGAGAGCCGGACCUGCGGCUGCAAGUGGGGCGUGGAGACGCGGGUGCGGGAGGUGCCGGAGGCUGCCCGGGACGAGGGGACUGCCUGCCCCACGCUGCUGGAGACCAGGAGGUGCCGCAUGAAGAAGCACUGCCCGGGAGAGAAAACUGAACCCAAAAAUAAAGGCAAAAAGCGACAGAAGAAGCCGAAGACAGAAAGGCACACGGGCACCUAGCAGGCUCCAGCAUGGGAGCUGGGGCACCAUGGCAGGAGCUCCCAGCCAGCUUCUGCCACAGUGCUCCAGCCACAUCACCCCUGAUUUUCUAUCCACCAAAAAAAGAAAAAAGAAACAGAAAAAAAAAAGAAAAAGAAAAAAAAGAAAAAAAAUUGCACAAUUUUCUCUGCCCCCUCAUCCCCCUUUUCUUUUGAGACAAUUUAUGGCCUGUAAAACAUUUCCUUUUCAGAAAAUCUAAUUUGCAAUGUCCAAAGCAAAGCCCUAGGGCUUGGGGAGGGGGUGGCUCCUUUAUUCCUCUGGUCUUCCCUCUCCCCUAGCUGCUCCAUCCCUUCCCUUCCUGCAGACGUGUGGGAUGGGGUUAGACCGGGGUUGGACCCUGCGAAUGAAGCUGAUGCCUGCCCAGAUAGUGUUCCCCAGGGCUGGGAGAUGCCCUGGCUCCACAAGGUCUUGAUUUUAUGGGAGUGCUGGGGGCACAGUGCCCCACUGAGCUGCUCCAGGUGCGGGAUAGUGUCCCCCAUCCUCAGCCACAGGCACGGGAAGCAGCAGGACUCCUGGGGCUGGGACCCCACUGGGGACCGUGCCACUGCUCACAGCAGCCCAGCCUGGUGCUCAACAUUCCCAGCAGCACAACCAAGGGCCAGGUCCUGCUCUCCUGGGAGUCGGAGGGCAGCUGGACCUCCAGACUGACAUCCCUUCUUGGGACCAUGCCAGCCCAGCACUGAGCACGCUCAUGGGCCAAAUCCUGCUGUCCUCGGGCUCACAGAGAGGCUCAAAAAGCUUCUCUCCCAGCUGGAUGUGGGCACAGGAAUUGUGAGCACAGGGUGAUUGCAUCUGUAUUCAGUCUAGGACAGGGAUGUUCACAGUGCGAGUGCCAACCCAGGCAGGGGAUGCUGCUGCCUCCUGCGUCCCCAAACUGCGAUGUGUUGGAAGCAGCUCUGCAAUCCCCUCCCAGCCAUCACCGUGGGGUGCUGAACCCAGUCUGUCUGUCCCUGCCGGGCUGUGUCCACAGGCACAGAGGGCCCUAUCGGUGUGUACACCAUGUGUGUGCUUCAGUCGCUGCCCAGCCGCAGGCAGCUCUGCAUUUGGAGCUUGCCGGGGUCCGAUCUCCCCGUCCCGUGCGAGUGUGGAGUGCCCCGUGUGCCGCGGGGUGUGGAGGCUGCGGGGGCUGCACGGACCCUUCAGGACGGGAGCGCUGGGUGUCAGCAUCGAGCCAGCCCCGGAGCCGGCACAAAGCUGCCAGAGCAGCUCCUCCGAUCGCUUCAUGACAAAUAAACGGAUUAAACCCCCGGCAUUGCUCCUGCGUCCCUGUUUUCCCCAUUCCCACGAGUUGCUGCCGGAGGGGGUCUGGGAUGCUGGCCUUGGCCACGGUGCAAUCCCACAUUCCCCAGCUCUGCAGCUUGGGUCUCUGUGGGGGACAUCCUGCCCUGGCCCCCCAGCACUGGGGUACUGGGGAAAUAUCUCAUUUCAAGUUUUUAUUUAAAGUACCACCAGUAUCACUCAUUGCCUGAGCCAGCACUGGGGCAAGCGGCAAGUGUGACACUGGGACGGCCAUUCUGCAGGAUUGGGAGCCACCAGGGUUUUUUUCUGGCUAUUGGAGAAAAUCCCCCUCUGUUAAGAUGCUUGGGCAUCCCCUUGGCAGCCUGUCCCCACCACUGGGAUGUCUUCUCCUGGGGGACACAGCCGAGAUCCUGUCCCAGCACAUGGGCUGACAGACGUGGUGACCCCGGUUCUGCUCAGAGUCCAUCAGCCCCCGACAGACCCCCGGCCUGGGAUCCGGGCACGCCGAGCCCAGCGCAGUCUGGCUGUGU